CGUAUGUCGUCACUGUGACGCAAUUACGCGAAAGCAUGGCGGCCGUGCGGUGGCUUUUCGGGGCAGCCAGGCCGCUUUGCUUCAGCUGCUGCCUUCUCUGUAGAGGCGGAUUGGUUCGCUCCACCACGGCCGCGUUCGGCGUCUUGUCCAGACGUCACCGGAGCCAUGACCGCCGCACUCUGUCGCGGCCUCUCGGGACCCUCUCCGCAGCGGGUCUGGUGCGGGCUGCUCCUGCCCAGAUUCAGCCCUACCUGCGCCUCAUGAGGCUGGACAAACCUAUUGGAACAUGGCUGCUGUAUCUACCAUGUACCUGGAGCAUAGGUCUGGCAGCUGAACCAGGCUGUUUGCCAGCCUGGGACAUGCUCUUGCUCUUUGGUACCGGAGCAGUCCUGAUGCGUGGAGCAGGCUGUACCAUUAAUGACAUGUGGGAUCAGGACUAUGACAAACAGGUUAUAAGAACAGCAAGUCGGCCCCUGGCUGCUGGAGAGAUUUCAAGCUUUCAUUCCCUUGUUUUUCUUGGAGGACAGCUUAGCUUGGCUUUAUGCAUCCUUUUAUGUUUAAAUUAUUACAGCAUUGCUUUAGGAGCAGCCUCUUUAUGUCUCGUGGUGACUUAUCCCCUUAUGAAGAGAAUAACGUACUGGCCACAGUUGGUCUUGGGCCUCACCUUCAACUGGGGAGCUUUGCUUGGAUGGUCGGCUAUCAAAGGCUCCUGUGACUGGUCGGUCUGUUUGCCCCUGUAUCUUUCGGGAGUCAUGUGGACAUUGAUAUAUGACACAAUAUAUGCUCAUCAGGAUAAAAAAGACGAUCUCGUCAUUGGUGUGAAAUCGACAGCACUCCGGUUCCAAGAAAACACCAAGCAGUGGCUUAGUGGUUUCGGUACCAUGAUGCUUUUGGGGCUUACUGUGACAGGAAUGAAUUGUGAUCAGACUUUCCCAUACUAUGCAGGCAUGACUGCUGUAGGCAUCCACUUGGCUCGGCAGAUAUACACUCUGGACAUACACAAUCCUGAAGAUUGCUGGGAAAAGUUUUCUUCUAAUCGUACAGUAGGACUCUUAUUCUUCUUAGGAAUUGUAGCUGGAAACUUACGAAAAAGGAAACAUCCAGAAGAAACAAACCUUUCAACAACACUUAGUACAAAAGCAUUGAACGUUGUAUAGAAAGGAAAUGAACCAAAACAAUUUUUUUUUUUAAAUGGUUAAUGCUUUUUUUAUUCGGUACGCAUAGUUGAAGGGCCAUUUAAGAGGACUGUAUAAUUUUUAUGAAUCAACUUCUUACUUCCGGUAUAUGGUCUAGGCAAUAAAUCUGCUCUUCCUGCUGAACCUUAGUUUGUAGAUCUGUAGACUCUCCCCAACCUCCCCACCAAACGUUGACAUUGUGAAAUUAUAAUUGGUGUGUGAGAAAAUUGUUGUGUAUAUAAAACCACCAUGGAAAAAUAACAUCUGCAAUCAUGUGAAUCAUGAAAUACUUUGUGUAAAAGAUUUAUAUUGUGUUCGAAACUGUUGAAGACUGUAAACUAUAAAGUGACUUUGUCAAGGUGA